UCCCUUCUGCCACUCCUGAGAGCGCAAGAGAAGGACCUAGGAUUGGGUGCUUCUCCCCAGGAGGGUAAAGUCGAAACCAUCUUUUGGACUUAGAUUUUAUUUUUAUUUUUUUAUUUAAGUUUAACAACAAUCUAAGCGCUCUUCCAGACGAGUUCAGGGGAAUUUUUCCUCAUAGGGAAUGUCUUUUGCUUCAUGAGUCUGGAGUACGUUAUGGCGUUUUGCAGAACCAUUUUGGAAUAAACUGCGCACAGAAGUGAGAUCAACAGAACCAACUGAUUUGAAAGUUUGGACUUUGUGUAUUUUCUUCUAUACUAUUUAAACUAUUCUUGGGAUUGCUGAGUUUCUCGGCGGGUUCGAUGCUGUAUGGGACACCUAACGACCGAGGAUUUAAAGGCUUUUUCAUAAAGUAUACCUCGUGACCACAUCUGGAUUAUGAAAGAAAUAGAAGUGAAAAAAGAAAGAGUGAAACAUCGCCAUUAAAAAAAAAAAAAAAACAUUGGAGAAAAGGAAAUGUGGAGCAAGAGUAGCGUCUACAUUAGGAUGCUGCUGCUCUUACAAUGGAAGUGAAGAACUGUUUUACUGCCGCUGCGCUGCUUUGUCUUUUCGUUUUCUCCGUUUUCAGCCAAGACCUCAACGCUAAAGGCAGGAAUGUGUGCAAAACACCCGGAUCAUCAAGAUUGGUUUGCUGCAGUGGAUGGGGGCAGCUAGGAGAUGAAUGCCUUACACCCCUCUGUGAAGGCAACUUCACCUGUAAGGAAAACGAGGUGUGUGUCAGGCCAAAUGAAUGUCGCUGCCGACAUGGAUACUUUGGAGCCAGUUGUGAUACAAAGUGCCCUGCCCAGUUCUGGGGCCCAGAUUGCAAGGGAAGAUGCAAUUGUUAUCCUAAUGGCCAGUGUGAUGACUUGACCGGCAAGUGCACCUGCAACCACAAUCGUUGGGGACACAACUGCGAGAAUGCUUGUCAGUGCCAAAAGGGCAAUUGUGACCAAGACACAGGAAAAUGUACAUGUCACCCUGGGGUGUGGGGUCCACUCUGCCACAACAACUGCUAUUGCAGCAUAAAUUCUAUCUGCGAUGUGAGUACGGGGCGAUGUUUGUGCAAUCCUGGCUGGAUGGGGAGAAACUGUGCGACCCAGUGCAACUGUAAUGGCUCGCCGUGCGAGCAGUACACAGCACGCUGCCAGUGCAAGGACAGGAUGUGGGGUCCGCGAUGUGAUCGAUUAUGUCAAUGCAUCCAUGGCAAGUGCAACAAGGUGGAUGGCUCAUGCACCUGCACUCCAGGAUACCGUGGGAAGUUUUGCAGGGAACCUUGCCCUGCUGGAUUUUAUGGCCAAAAUUGCAGAAACAGGUGUGGACACUGCAAAGGCCAGCAGCCCUGUAAGGUGACAGAGGGCCAGUGCAACACCUGCGACAGAGGCUGGAAUGGAACACGGUGUGAUCAGCUCUGCUCCAAGGGCUUCUUUGGGGAAAACUGCCAGGAAGUGUGCCCUGUCUGUAAAGAUGGUCAUCACUGUGACCCCAUUCAUGGCAAGUGUUCUCACUGUAACCCUGGCUGGAUCGGGGACAGGUGUGAGGUGCGCUGCCCCAACGGCACAUAUGGCGAGAACUGCGAGAACAACUGUAGCCAUUGUUUUAAUGGCAUCUGUCAUGUUGUCACUGGAGAGUGCCUUUGUGACCCAGGCUUUUAUGGCACCUACUGCAAUAAGACCUGCCAGGCUGGCCAAUAUGGAGUUAACUGUAACCAGUCCUGCUCUUGCCAUGACAAGAACUGUGAUCCUGUGUCUGGAGCCUGCUUUCUCCAACCUAACCAGCGGAUGGGUGUGAUCGCAGCUGGGUCCCUGGUCUCCUUUUUACUGAUUGCCCUUCUUUCUCUACUGUGCUGCUGCUGCCUCUGUCGAGACAAAGAUGACCACAACAAAAAAGCCAAGCGGAUUUUGUGCGGACGAUUCAGCCGAAUCAGCACUAAACUUCCACGUAUUCCACUGAGGCGACAGAAACUGCCCAAAGUAGUCGUAGCACACCACGACCCAGAGAACACCUUCAACUGCAGCUUCAUUGAGCCCCCCUCUGUGGCCGACCAGCCAUCCCCCUCCUCAUGGUCUUCCCAGGAGUCCUUUUCUUCCUUUGAGAGUGGAGAUGAAGGACCCGUUUACUGUGUUCCUCAUGAAGAGUCCACAAGUGACAGCAAAGGGAAGCAGAGCCCCAACCCUGUGACAGAAAACCCAGAGGAUGACCCUUACAAGGAGGAUGCAGGGGAGUACACCUGGCUAAAAGACACAAGUGUCACCAAAACAGAGAGCAGUGAGCAGUCCCUGCUCAAGUGCUCUGACAGUGAAGUUUCAAAUAGCGGGUCUGAGUCUGCCGCCCAAUAUGCCUGCAUUGCCCGUCUCUCCAAGCAGUCUAAGGAGGAUGAUUGCAGUGUCAAGGAUGGUGAUGGUACCCCUACACCAGAUGCCAAGGGCAACGGAAAACCUCCCCCUUCACCUGGCAAGCCCAAGCCACGGCCACCAGAUCCAUCUACUAAACCAAAAGUGUCAUGGAUACAUGGAAAUGCAACAGGGUCUCAACAACCAGAGCAGCAAGGAGGAAACAGAGCACUUGCAGUGUCAAAGGAGAAAAAGAGGAGCUCCAGUGAUGGCUCAUCAAAGAAUGAAGAACGUCAUAAAAUAAAAGAAAAUAGUCGAGGCCAACAGAAAAAACGGGAUGGAAAUGAUACUGAUGCAAAUGGAUCACCAAGCAAACAUAAACUGCUACAGGGUAAAAAGUCUGGAGAUGAGCACAGCCCUCCAAGUCACAUGGAGCAAAUUACUGGUGUUGUUCAAAAUGCCCUAAAGAUGAUAAGCAGCUUCGGUAGCUCCUCGCCCGAGAAGAAGAGCAUUGAAAAUCCAAAGCAGGGCCCUAAAGAGCCACCAAAGAGCCCAAAGGUCAUCCACCCUCAUAUGAAUUCUGAAGCGGCCACUUUACUGGCUGCACAGCUCAAGGAGAAAACUCAGAGCAUCAACAGAAAUGAGGGGACUGGACUGACAAAGACCAAUGGUCUCUCCCUACCAAAAAAUAACCAGGAGAAACCCACACCUCCACAGAAAGCCAAGAGGACCAACUCCAGUGGACUUAGCCAGCAGGGCUCCACCAAACCUGUGCUGCCCACUACGAGCAACCUCCAGAAAAUGGUGGCGCCUAUUACCAACAGUUUUGGGACCCCCGAAGCCAAGAGCCCAGAGAAACAGGACUUGAAUGGUUCCAGGACGGGGGACCUGCAGGACCCUACACCGAAGAAGACUCCCAUAAAAAAGCCACCUAGGAAGAAAGGCAAGGGUGGUGCCCUUGAUACACCUGAAAGUAAAAUACCCCAGCAGAAAACAGCCAUUAUGCCACCACAGGUAGUGAAAUAGGUUUUUGAAAAAAUUCUGAACAUUUGCCAGUCACUUUUUAUAAGACUGAACUGUUUGUUUGAUGCAAGCAGCAACAUAGUUUUUUAAUCAAGAAACAGCUUGAGGGCAGUGCCUCCAGGACCAUUUAGAAGUAACAACCUCUUUGAGAUAAAAGGCACAAAAGAAUCACAUUAGGAAAGUGUUUUAUAAUAACCUUGACACCAUUGUUAAUUUCAAGAAUCAUCUCUUUGUUUCUGUACAAAUUCAAGUCAAAAUACAACCUAGUCUACACCUGAACACAACUAUCUGUUCACAGGGAUAUUAUCUAAAAGUUCAUUCAUCUCAGCUGCUGGGCAGUGAGCCCACCAUUAUAUUUAUAUAGUGCGUGGAAAAUAAGUAUUGACAUUGAAUUUUUUCUGUAGAUUCAUUUCUAAUGAGGCUUGAGACAUGAAAUUCACACUGGGUAUCUGUAACCACCUAAGUAAUCCACACAUAUGAAAACAAAUAAAACAAAUACGUCAAUGCAUCAAGUGUAAUAAAGUAGAAUGGUACAGGGAAUAAUUAUUACUGAAAUUUAUUCAAGACCUAUUAAAGAUUAUUUCAAGAUGUCUAUUUUAUGGAGAAACUACUCCAGUUUGAUUUUGAUCUAUUCUUCCACACAAACUGCCAUCAAAUCUUGGAGGCUGUGGGGGGUGAUCUUUUUAAAUAGAUUCAUGUCAGGUGACUGAUUCAAUCAGUUUUACCUUCUUUCUCUGACACAAAUUGAUUGUUUCAUUGACUGUGUGUUUAAAAUUAAUGUCUUGUUGAGAAACCAACAAUUGUUUCAUCUUUAGUUUAACCAUGUUGUGAUGGUACAUUUUUUCAUUCACCCUGCCUUUGGUUACAGUCUACCAGUAUCAUUGUUGUAAUAUAGCCCUACACCAUGAUGCUGUCACCUUCUAAACUGAUAGCAGGUGUAGGGCUAUAUUAGGCUCACUGUUGGCAUGACAUUUUGGUUCUGAUAUAUGCUGUGACCUUACUGCUCCAGAUUUGCAGUGUGCAAUGACAUUAAACAAUAAUUAAUCUUGGUCUCAUCUGACCACUUCUCCUAAUGUUCUGCAGGAAACUUUAAACAAUCUUCAAUAUGAUUUUCAUUUUGCAGUGAAGUCUUGCAAAGUGAGUGUGCAUUGAGGCCAUGGGGGACGAGUGCAUUUCUUCAUAAAAAGAACCUACCUGCUAGUUUCAUGUCUUUCUGAAGCAUUAUGCAAAUAAUCAUUGGCUCUUGGAGAACAUUGCUGAUUAUUCUUUUGACUCCUCUAUCAGAAGUCUUGCAUUUCUUUUCAGUUGGUUUAUGGUGAAAUGUUCUUUCGACUUUUAGAUGGUUCUCACUGAAACACAUUUUUAAAAAAUUACAAUUAUGUCUGUAACAAAUGCCAUCAGUGUGUUUUGGAACAAUGAGGAUCUGUUGGCCUUGAUUUAGCUUCAUACUCAUCAUGACAUGCUUCCUUUAUGAUACCUUGGUUAUAAGAAACCCUUUUAUAGGCCAUCGAUUAGGGCUAAGCCAAUAUGAACUGGCACGAUAGGCGCAGGGUUGAUUUGUAAUUAGGUUUCAGCUAUUUCUUAGUUUUCUUUGCCUUUGUGCAGCUUCUUUGGUUGUGUUCCAAGUUUUUGUCACACAUACCUUUAUUUAUAUACUUAUUUGUUUGUUUAUUUCUUUGUUCAUAUGUAGGCAUAAAUACUUAGGUUGUUGCCCACAUAUGAUGUGAAUUUCAUGUCAUUAGCCCCAUUGCAAACACAUUUACAGAGAAAAAUGUUGACACGUUCAAAAUGUAUUUCGUUGCUUUAUAAACUGUACACCUGGAAUUUAAAAACAAGGAAAAUAGCUAUUGACACGUAAUACACAGAUACUGAGAGUAAGUAGUUGGUGCUCUGAUGACUAGAAGCUAGCAUUUUUCUGUGUUCUUUUCUUAUUUCCUUGGAACAACAUCUCUACACCAAAGCUUUUCAAGAUAAUCCCAGCCUCAAAGGUUUUCAUAACUGAAGAUUGUCUACUUUAGGUCUGAUAUUUAAGAUUUUAAAUGAAUCUAACACAGCUGACAAUUUUAUGAGAUUCUGUGGCCAUCUUUAUUAAAGAAAUACAUUUCAAUAUCCAUCACUCUCAAAAUAAAUAGGAAAGUAAACUAGUUGCCUUAAGGUUCACAAAAAUAUAUGAGAAAAUAAUAAUUAUAAUUCCCUGUUAAGAAUUUUAACUUCAUUAAGCUUCCCUCAAUUUGAAGCUUUACUGUUAAAUGUAUUUUACAUCCCACCAAUCGGCCAAGUUUGUCAGAUAACAUUUGUUGGAUCACAGGGCUCCCGUUUAUGCUUUUGCUAAGAUGAGAAUGUGCUCUCACUGUAUUUUUCCCUAGUCAGCUGAACCCCUAAGCUAAGGAAUUAUACUCCAAACUAUGUAAUUUCCUUAGUUUCUGCUUAUUCAGCAUUCUGUCAUCAGUCUCUUUGCUCCGUCAUGAAACUAACCCUUUGUCAAAUUUUCAUUUUGCCUAGAUGUCAGUAAGAUAAAUGUGUGACAAAAAUAGCUGAAUCCAUGGCUUAUUUCCCCAAGAAUUAUUUAAUACCAGCAGAUUUAUGCUAAAUUUAGGAGGAUGUUUGCAUAUUCUUUCUUUUGGCUAAAACUGAGACCUAAAUGGUACUUUUUCUUGUGUGUAAAACCAAAGCUAUGUUUGCCAAAUGAUUUUACCAGUGUUUACUUUAAGUGCUGAUCCCAAAAUGAGUACAUUAAUAUCCAUGAAAGUAUUGUUGUGGAAUACAAAUAACAGAGUAAUUAAGUUUGAAGUCAAGUAGGAAAGAAAGCUAAUCUAAAAGCAGAUUUUACAACUUGAACUAUGAACAACUAGUGAAGUAGGAAGUGAUAAUACUCUCCCUUUGGUAUGUUUUUUGAGAUGGAAUAUAUCACAUUAACAAAAUCUUUUUUCAUCAAGGUACACGUCAUUUCUUUAUUUUUACUUUACAUUUUUCUUGUAUACGUUGUGUACUUACUUAUGAUCUUUGUAAGCUGUGCUUAUAUGACUGUGUGGUUCCUGUUUUGUUUUGAUUUUUUUGUCAGUGAACUGGCUUUCAUAUAGUAUUUGCUUUGUUUUGUUUUGGUGUGUUGCUUAUUUUUGGCUCUCAACCAAAUCUGCAGUAAGAGUACUUUCCUUCUGUAAAGUUUACAUUGGCUUUGUAAUUGUUCUCUGUUGAUGUUAUUGUUUGUGUAACACUUAACUGCAUGAUGCAGAGUGUAAUUAUAUGGCAUUAUAGCUGCAGAGGAAAUCUGUAACCUUCCUGCUCCCCUCCAUUUGUUGUUACAGUCUCCCAUAAGCAAAUCUCAUACAAAAAGAGAAUUGUACAAUACUACCAUAAUACCACUGUUGUAACAAGUGCAUAUGCUUUAAACCAUAAUACUGUAUAAUUAUUUAGUUGCAAUAUUUUGCCUGACUGGCCCUUGCCUGUUUUCAUUGCCUUACAAUGCUUUUUUUGUAAAGAAGGGCCUAAAAAAACUGCAAAACUGUCACCAGCUGUAAGGUAUAUUUUGUUGUUUUGUUUUACUUCAACUUUGAUUGCCUUUAUUGUAUGGCUGUUAAACUCUGUGUGUCAUUUAGUUCUUUUGAAUAAAAAAGCUAUACAUGUAGCCAAAGUGAAACCA